AUGGACAGGACUCUCCCUGAGCAUCAGGCUAUCACAGCCGUGGUGCCUACCGUGCCUGUUAAAUGCAAUGACCAGCCGGGUAGAUUUCCCUUGAGGGAGAGUACCCAUUUCGUGCUUCGACUGUCCGACAAGAGACUCGAAGGGAUCAUGCGGUCAGUCAUCGGAAUCAGCUAUGAUUUCCACAGGCCCUGGCCAUUCUGGUACUUUGUCGGAAAGAUCAUGUCGAAGGCUCUCUUCGGCACCGAACAUGAAAACCAGCUGGAGUUGUUGAAUUCCGCGCGUGUCCAUAACCGCGAAUUCAUUCUGUUCUCCAACGCCCACAGACCCGAUAGCCGCCAACAAGGGGAUAAAGCCAGUGGACGGGAAAGACAGAUCCGCGUGGUUCAUGUUGAGUGCACGUAUCCUAAACGGGGGGUGGAAAUGGAGCUCGGCUGGACGCCGGCCAGGGAGGAUGUUUGCCAGCUUGUACAACACUUGCUGGACUAUAGGGAAGCCAAUCCGGCAAGGCCCCGACGGCGCAUCUGGCUGGUGACUAUGGAUUCUACUCCGGUGGAUCAUAGAAUGGACGUGUAA